AGUCAAAUUUUAGAAGUCGAAGCGGAAAGACGCGUUUUUCUCACGUCCUCUUCUCUGCCGGUUAUUCGGGAAAUCGCAGUCGCAGUCGCAAUCGCAGUUAUCGGUCUAAAUCUAUGCAAUCGCACUGAUAAUUAUUUUGGCCAAAAAUAACAAAAUUCGCCGAUCUGAAAGAUACGAAUACGAAACCCAAUGGAUUGCCAAUUUGUUUAUAUGCCAUGGUUGCGUUCGUGUGUGCGCGAGUAUCUGUGUGAGAAGCGCGUGUAAACAAAAAAAAAGAAGAAAUAAAAAUAAACGAGCAGUGUAUCUUCUUCGGCUCUGAUAAGCUGACAAGUUUGAUAAAACACCAACCGAUGGUUGUUGUUGUUAACAGCUAGGAAAACACAAGUGCUACUGCAUAAGAAAAGCCCCCCUCCCCCCCUCGCUUCAACCGACCAUCUGAAUUACGAAUCCAAACAAAUAUCGCCGGCUGGCGGAAUAAUAAGUGAAAUUCAAGAUACAAUUGUAAAUACAGCGGAAUUAUUGGAAAAUAUACAUAAAUAUCAUCGCCGGUAUCGGUGCCAAUUAAAGCCGUGAAAAAUUUGCUGAAACAACAACAAGCAACAACGACAACAACAACAGCAGAAAGCUAUUAUUGUGUAAAGUAUACGACUAAGUUCUUAUCGGUGUGCGAUCGUUGUUGUUUAUAUUAUUAUUAUUAUUCUAUAUGCUGGUUCGUUGAGUUGUUGUUAUUGCCUUAGCCGGCGUCGCGUCGGUGUUAGUGUGUCGGUGUGUUUGUGUGCAAACGAGUUUGCAAAUACAACAAAAAGGAAGGAAAAAAUUAUUGCAGUUACGGUGGCAAGUGUUGCAGAUAUACCAGCAGCAGCAGCAGCAGCAGCAGCAGCAGCAACAACAACAACAACAAGUUAGCCAGAAACCAACACGCAAGAGGCCACAAAAAUAAUUGGAAUGUAACAAAUCUGAAUGAAAGUGCUGAAGUUAAAUAAAUUUUUAAGUGAAUAAGAAACCGAAAAAUACCACACAUAAAUGACGAGCGUUUGCAGAGUGUAGAUAAUUACAUAUUAGUUGUAUCUUAUUCAUAUAUAGGGCAAUAUUCAAUCGCGAGUGCUAAAAUGCUGUCCUCCGCAGCAUCGCUCAUCGUCGGGAUGCAGAAAUCGAUCUGAAAUCAAAAUUAAGAAAAGAAAUCAAAAUAUAUAUAUUUGUCGCUCUAAGUAAUCAAUCGUCGUAGCCAAUCAAAUCAAAAUUGCAUCAAAAGCCAACUCAAAUUGUUGCCCCACCAACAGUUUGAGUGCACAUUCAUUUCGGCCCCCACUGUUCCUGUUCGUGAAACAUUCAAAAACGGCCUCAAAACGGAGUCCCUAGAGUUUCUGCGUUGCGAGGAAGAGGAUAUCAAGAUGGAUAUCCUACCGAGUGGCAACAUCUUCAGCGAGCUGGAGCGGAUCUGCACCACCGGCUACUACUCGUCGCAGCCGUCGAUUGAGGAUCAAUGGCAACAGACCUGCUACGAACUGGAGCGCUAUCUGCGGGAUGAGCCCAAGCUGCAGAAGAAGAUGCACAGCAAUCUGGACAAUCCGUGGGACAUAUUCUCCACACCCGCCCGCCUGCUCGAGGAGCUGAAGAUCAAGGAGCAGCACCUGGACACGAUCUCGACGACCUCCUCGGUCUCGUCCAACUGCUCGGGCACCUCCUGGGACAGCAAUGGUUCCCAGGCACUGAGCUGCUCGGUGCUGGUCAAGCAGGAGCGGAUCGACGAGGAGGACGACGAUGUGGGCUGUGACGACAAGCUGAGCGUGCUGCUCGCAGCUCCGCCCUCGGCCAUCUCUCCCAAUCCCAGCAUCGGCAGUGCGGGCAACAUGACGCCCACCAGCAUCAGCAACAGCAGCAGCAUCAGCAGCAGCAAUAGCCACAGCAAUAGCAACGGCAACACCACCGGCAGCAGCAACAUCAUCGCCAGCCCGCUGAGCAGUCUGGGCAGUGGCAGCACCAUCACAGUGAGUUCCCGCAACAGUUCGGCGCCGGGCAUCAAGGUGCGCGUCGUCCAGGCCAAGAAUCACCCGGGCAGCAAUGCGAGAAUGCACCUGGGGCAUGUCCAGGACUUUGUGUUGCCCACGCUCACGCCGCCCUCUUCGCCAGAGUCCAACCUGCGCAGCCACAAUUACGCCCAGCAGCUGGAGGCCAACGAUUUGGCGGCACUGAUACAGCAGCAGCAGCAACAGCAACAGCAACAGCAGCAGCAGCAGCAGCAGCAGCAGCUCAAUCCACAGCCCGGCAACUCCACACCCGCUACAGCAAUCCUGCGCUUCACCAGCCAGAGCAAUCCCACAAUGACGCAACUGCAGCAGCAGCAGCAGCAGCUGGCCGUCCAGCAUUUGAGCAUAUCGCCACAGGCCCUUGGCCACAGCAACAUCGGCAGCAAUUCGCCCAAGAGCAGCAGCAGCAGUAGCAGCAACAGCAGCAAUAGCAGCAGUAGCAGCCACAGUAGCAGCAGCAGCAUCAGCGGCAGCAGCGACCAGCCAACACACAGCAACAUUCCGCGCAGCACCAUCGUCCGCCUGACGACGGCCAACGGGAAGCCAGGAGCGGCUGGCAUCAGUCUGGCCCGGGUCAUCCAAAUGCAGAAUAACGGCAAUGCCAAUGUUGCCGCCGUGCUCAGUGCAGCAGCCAACAGCGGCAGCAGCAACAGCAACAGCAACAGCAGCAGCAGCAACACCAGCAGCAACAGCAUCAACACAGCGACGCCGCAGCAACAGGUGCUUUCGCAACGGUCGGAAAAGUCGGCGAAUGGCUCCUCGAAACCGCACCACCCGCGCCAGCAUCACAGCGAUCACAGCCCGGACGCCAAGCGGCGGAUACACAAGUGCCAAUUUCUCGGCUGCAAAAAAGUCUACACGAAGAGUUCGCACCUGAAGGCCCACCAAAGAACGCAUACAGGUGAAAAGCCGUACAAGUGCUCCUGGGAGGGCUGUGAAUGGAGGUUUGCGAGGAGCGACGAGCUGACCCGCCACUACCGCAAGCACACAGGUGCCAAGCCGUUCAAGUGCCGCAACUGCGAUCGCUGCUUCUCGAGGUCCGAUCACCUGGCGCUGCACAUGAAGCGCCACAUGUGAGGCGAGAUUUAAGCAGGGCCAUCCGGAAGAGCCGGAAAAUCCAGAGGCAGAGGGGAGGAGGAGGAAUCCAGCGGAAACUGUGUGCCAUCAAGGAACGAUGAAAAACUUGCGUAACGCUAAUCAAAACCACUUUAUUCGUGGAGCAUAGAGGGGUGGGAAAGUAAUCAAGGAAAAAACCAACUAGGGAAAACAUCACAACACAAGCACAAAGAUGGAAACUCAAGUUCUCUGAUUCCGAUUGACAUUUGUGUUGCCAUUAUUGUCGCCGUUAUCGUUUUCGUUAUCGUAUGGUUAUCGUCGUUAUCGUUUCAAUUGCAAAUUCGAUUUGUUUCAAUGCCUUGUUAAGAAUAAGUUUAAGCUUUAGCAGCCUGAUCACAUUUCCCCAUUCACACCUAUCAUUUAGCCGCAAGUUCUGAACAAACAGCAAAAAUUGUGUACAAUUUACCAAAGCUAAGCUGAUUUCUUUAAUUAGUAAAGCAGCGACAAAAAUCCAGCAUUUGCUAGAAAAAAAAACAAAAAAAAAUAGUAACUUAAUAAUAAUUUUGUUUUCAUACACUGCCAAAAUGAAAAUGUAAAAAAAGCAAAAUAAAAAAAAAAACAAAAAACUAAAAGCUAGAAAAAAUAUAUGUACAUGUAAAGAAUUAUAAUAAGUAAUUAGUUUCAUAUGUCAGCAUCAGUAAAUAGAAACACAAAUACAAGAAAAAAGUAAAAGUGCAAAAUAUGUUUUAAACAAAACGAGAGAAAACAGAAAACGGUGAAAAUGCUUAUUUUCUUAAUUUUAAUUUAAUUUUAAUUGUAUUUUAAGUGUUGCCUAGGUCUGAAAAUUUUCACAUUUCACCGCACCACUCAAAAUUGGAAAGCUAUAAACAUAAAGUUUAUUGAAUGCCUAUAUUAAAUUUAAUUGAUAUUCGGAAUAUGACAUAAACGCAUUUUGGUUGCUCUGUUUUUAAUGAAUAUACGUAAUUAUUUAAUGUAAACAAUUUCUCUUAUGCAUUGCCUAAGUGAUGGAAGAAAGUAUUACGAACACAUUUUGAUACGUUUAACUAAUUUAAUCAAAAUUUGUAUUCUCAAUCGAAAAUCGAAACAAAAUUUAACUUCGACUUAACAUACAAAUUCUUCUUUACGUGCCUCAUUAAUGUUAAUUUAAUCAAAUCAAUCAAUUCCUUUUUAGCUAAGCCACAUUUUUUCGGAACCCUCUUGAUUUGCGGUAGACUUAAAAAUUUCAUUGGAUCUUUUAUUUUUUUGUGCGUGCUGCUUCUUAUUUUGUAGUUUAUCAUUUCCUCAUUCUUGGUUAUAAUGAUUUGUUUAUUUUUAAUUAUUUUUAAAUAAAGAAAAAGUAUGUGAAAAGCGAAUGUUCCAUUGACUUAUCAUUUUACACCAGCACCCCUCAGCAAAUGAAACACGACAUCAAAGUAUACAAUAUUGAUCGAGAUAUCGGUCAAUCAUUAUGGUUUGUGUGAUGAGAAAUUCUGUGAUCCAGAGAACAACAACAACAAAAUAGCUAAGGCAAAGAAAAAUAAUGGGAAAACCAAAAACCAAUGACAAGGCAGGCAAUCAACUGCAGCACACAUGCACUAAAAAUGCUAUAGAAAAACGUAUGGGGCUUAUGGUGGAGAGAAGUCCUCUCCAAUUGUGCCCAAGAAAGGAGCAUAAAAGUUUAGAAAAGCUCCACACAUAUAUAUAUAUAUAAAUAUAUAUAUAUAAAAUAUAAAUGUUUAUGUACAUACAAACACGAAAUACAAUUUGACUCCUUUUCUAGCUUUAUUCUCACUGAUUGUCGAUGAUGUGUAGAGAAUUUUGACGGUUUCGACUGUAAUCAUGGUCGAAAUCAUUAUGUACGGUGUUGCUUGUGCUUUGUGUCAUUUGAGUGUUAUCGUAUUUGUAUGUAUCUGUAUAUCAAUCAGAUCAACUCGCCACAAAACGGAUAAUCCCAAUAGACCCCAUGGGGUCCUUCCAGUUCCAGAAUCCCGUUUGGCUUCCAAGCGAAAAUUGCACUGAACAAUACUUAAUGAAUACGUGAAAAUCAAUAUCCAAAUCCAAAUCCAAUACCAAUACGAUGUGUCAAAAAUGCUUCAAUCAGUUUAGUCUAACUUUUGAGAGAAAACCGAAAAACGAAAAACGAAAAAACCAAAAGCAGUAAAAUAGAAAUCCCGAAUAUAUAAAAUAUUUUGUAUAGAAAACCUUUAAACUAAAAUCGAAAGCGUAAGGCAAAUUUAGAUCCUAAAGCAGAUAUUCGAUAGUCACGAGCGCAGAGUGAGCGACAGUAUAGAUAUGGAUAAAUAAGAAUAUAUAUAUAUAUAUAUAUAUGUAUUUUACAAACCGAAGAAGUGUAUUUUAAAAUGAGAAAAUUAAACAAAAUUAUUGUGUAAAAAGGUAAAACAAAAUGAAAGACUGGUCAACGAGGUGUUCCGCGUUUAUGCAACAAUUGCAAAAUAGAAAAAGUAAACAAAUAUAUAUACAUAUAUAUGUAUAUGUACACGUACGAGUGUAAGAGAUUUCGAACCCAAAGGAUUAAGCUACUGUACUCCCCCCUAAUUGCAUAUAGUGUUCGAGCGAUUAGUUUAAGACCCACUCGAUCAUUUCGAUUAUCCGAUUCGGCAGCAAAACUACGCAUACGUAAGAGGGAAGGCCUUGCCGCGAUCCCGCAAUUAACGUUAAUGAAGUACGAAUUUUAAGUAACGCUGAAUGUGAGUCUAGAGAGUACUAAACCGAAACUAUGAAUAUAUUUUAGUGUCUACACUUGAGCAUUUUACAUCGGCUAACUACCCGGGGUCUGCCCUUUGCGAAGUCAACCAGCCGGCAGUCUGUUGUGGACUCUGCUGCUAAGGGAAAAUCUAUAAACAUUUUCUACAGAUUUACAGCACAGAGGCCGGAAGUCAAAAGUCGCAGGGCAGGCAAAAUAUUUGGCAGCAGGCACACAUAAAAAUAAAUAAAGUAUACUAAAACUAGAGUAAAUACAUUUUAAUUUCGUUUAGAGUUUCGUUUGCAAAUGUGCUUAGCAAUUUUCCCAUUCCCUACCCCGUUUCCAGUUUUCCCCACAUUUCCGCCCACCCGGAAGCGGAAUAUCAUAAGCGUUUAGUUUAAGAGUAGACUAAAUGGCGCAGGGCCAAGCUUAGUAUAGCAGAAAUAUAUGGAAGGAGAUAGGCAUAUACACACACACACACAUAUAUAUAUAUAGUAAAAUUGUUGUUUUAUUUAUGAGUCGAACUAAUGUCCCGUCAGUUGACUAAGGACAACGCCAAGAAAUAAAAAAUAGUUUUUAGGAGAAAUAGUUUCACGACUUUAUUCUUUGGAUCUCAGCUUAAGACUAAAAAUCAAAUGCAAAUUGGAUUGAGGAGAAGCCUCAGUAUUUGAACAAUAUUUGUAUUUCGGGAGAGCCUCGCUCUUGGGUUCUUAAGAUUAGGUAGCGUUGAAAGAGGGCAGUCAAAUCUGCUUAGGUCAGGCUUUAGGAUGUUUACAAGAACGGCUGCGCUGCCAAAGAUAACGAAUGCUGCGCAGCUGGGAUACGUUAUGGAAAAUUACUAGAGUGCAUUACUGAUUUCUUUGAAAUAAUGGAAGUGGCUGGUUUGGACCACCCAAAUACGUCACUAUAUAGGGUCGGAAAAUGGGAAAUGGUAUCGGUAAUGUGGGCAAGGGUGUGACAGGGGGGGGUAGGGGAUUUGGGAAUCUGGGGAGGGAAAGGAGUAAAACAUUUUAUGUAGGCAAAUAAGGGCAAAUAAUUCAUAAAAGAUUUUGUGUAUAGUUUAGUGAAAUGAAUUAGUUUAAUGUUAAAUGAACUCAAAAGGAAACUACAUAAAAAAUAUAUGAAUAUAUACAUCGGAUAUGGUAUUAAGAGAAUAUACUUAGUGCGUAUGUCGAACCUAUUUACGUGGCAGUUGUGCGGGUGUGUGUGUGGCUGAGUGAGUGUGUGUAAACUAAAUUGAUGUGUAUCUGUCGAAAGGACGAGUCCGGCGAGAAGAAGUCAGUUUUUGGAAGGAUUAUGCAAAGCAUCUACAAAUUAAGGCACAGCAUUAUAAAUUACAACUAAUGAAGUACGCGUUUAUUUGAGCUACAAACGCACGAACGGUUACUAAAGCUAGAACGGUGAUGGAAUGCAGAUGAGGAGGUCAUAGGUCAUAGGCUUAGCGAAGUGGGGACUACUGACGGUAGACAUUUUGGGGGGGGGGGGGUCAGCAAGUGGUGAUUACUUAGGACUUUUACGCGAUAACUCGGUUUAGCCCUUCCUCGUUUCUGUACAUGAUCGCAACCCCAGGCAUGCAUUCAUAUUUGUAAUUGUAAUCGUAAGGCAGUGUAAUUGAUAUCAAACAUAAGCAGAAAAAAAAAACUACAGAGGUAACGAGGAAAAUUCACAAGUUUCGGCACAGGAGAACCCAAUUGAAAAAUACAUUUUAGGAGUAAGUAAAUCAAAAAAAAAAAAGAACAAAAAAUAGUAAAACCAAAAAUGAAUAAUUGUAUUUAAUGCUUGUGCAAAACAGAAAAAAUUCUUAGCUAAUAGCAAAUAGCGAAAAAUCUAAUUGUCAGUGUUUAAUUACUAUUAUUGAUGUGCAUUCGAUGUGUGCUUAGUUCACAAAACAAAAACAUCCCGUUUACCCAUAUCCCGAUUUUCCACACGUUCCUAAAAUCCUACAAUUGACAGUUGUAUUUUUUACGAUUGAUUGUUUUUAGCGCUUCGCAAGUCAAACAGAAAAUUAAAAACUAUUUAAAAAUCGAGCUAAUAACUGAACUCGAAAAUGAUUUCGCAGCUGACACGAAAUGUUUGCAUAGAUUAUGAGUUGAUUAACUGCGAGAAUAAUUAAUAGAAUUUAAUUCGAUAAGCAUAUUUUCAGCCUCGCCCGUGCCCCUUAGCCACUUAGAUUAUAUAAUUAUAGCAAAAGCAGAAGCGAAAACAAAACAAAAUUAUUGAUCAUUAAACAUUAUUAUUAUUAUUAUUAUUAUUAUUAUGGCUUGUUUGUUGCGGCUUUUUGUGCAUCUCCAUUCGGAAAUCAUUUUGUAUGGGGUAUCAAAUUAUAAGAGAAUCUAGAAAAUAAUAAACACAGAAAAUAUAGCAGAAACAAUUGGGCACACGAAGGCCAAAAACAAAAAAAAAUGAAAACGAAGGAGGACAUUUCUUGUACUUAGGUUUAGUUUAUUAUACAAACGAGAAUAACAUCGGCCGAAUGAAGCCAAUAAUAACAGCUAAAAGUGAAUAACUGAGGAGCCGAAACAAGAUCCAUCAACAUUAGAAAAACGUUAUUUUUAUUCUUGUAUAAGUAUAAACCGAAGGCAUUUUUCCACGUAUGACAACUAUUAUUGUACGUAACUUGAUAUUUUGAUGAGAAUUUCUGUGAACAAAGCAAAAAAAU